AGUUCAAAGUCUUAAAUAAACUUGGCAGCCACCCAACAGCUUCUCCGCCAGUCAUAAGCGUACUUGCCUAGACUCCACCAAGCCAAGUUUCUCGACCAUGGCAGACACCAUGCAACGCUCGGUGCUGUUCAACCACACAGACUUGCCUCGCCAAGCGAAGACCCACGCCAAGAACAACGUGGCACCUGCUGGUCUUCUCGAACGCGCCUCCAAAAUCCUGUCUGCCCACUUAAACGGAGUGAGUGAAGACGUCAAGAAAGACGGAACCCCUACGACUGAAGUCACCAGUCCAACAUGGGGCAACACCAUCCAUAAGGAGCCUUUCCAAGACAUGGACAUGCUGGAAAGUGGUCACGCUCGAGAAUACUUGGCCGAGGAAUGUCUAAGCCCUACUCAAGCCAAGGCAUGGACGUAUUCUACCGUAGAACGGACCAACAAGAAUCAGUACAAAAUGUACUGGAACAAUGAUCAAUUUCUGCUCAGCGCCAAGCAGAUCGGCGGUACCUUUUACAUCUCCCAAUACGAGAACUUUCCCGAGACAGAAGACGCGGAAGAACCCACUGGACACUACUGUGCUGUGGUACGGAAGGCCACGGAUCACAAUUUUAAGCUCUACAGUUGCGGCUGUGAAGGAUGCGACCAGAGCUUCAAUACCUUCACUUGCAGUAACAUCCACGAAGACGCCACCGCUGCAGCCGUCGAAGGCGCUGAUCGUCAACUUCUCGCCGAUAUUUCGCACUUCACGAAAGCUGCAGGUGUUGUGGGCUCCGAGAUGCGCUGCUUCUCGGUGGUUAUCCCGGCUAUCAUGGACGAUAAGCGGUCUCGCGUUGUCUGGUGUCCUCGAGUCAGUCGAAGCGUGACGACGUCGGGGGGUACACCAAGGGGUACACCAAAGGCUCGUCUCCUGACGUCGCCGUCUCCGCGUAACAAACACCAGCACAUUUUCACAUUUGACACACCUACAAGCGACCGCAUUAAGAUCGGCAGUAAAUUACCGGUUUGGUGCCCGGAAGUCAACUCGCUAAUGUUGAAAUUCCAUGGUGGUCGCAUCCGUGAAGCUUCGGCCAAGAAUUUCAUGCUCAUGCUCGAGGAAGAGCCAGCUGGGACUCUUGCGAGCCCAGUACCAGACCCGACAGGCAACAACCGCGUGGUCAUGCAGUUCGGUAAGUUCUCCAAGUCCAAAUUCGCGCUUGACUUCCGAUUCCCACUAGCUCCAAUCCAAGCCUUCGCCAUCGGAUUGUCCUCCUGCGCUUGGAACGUCAAGGCCACGAAGACAUAG